UAAAUACUUAUUUUACUUCAUAACCAUUCCUCAAUUAACUCAUACCCUAUCUUCAGUUACCUCGUAACCAAUAUUCAAUUACUUCAUAACGAUCCUUCAGUUACCAAUCGUCAAAGUAACUACCCGUCUGUCGCCAUGAACCCCAACGAGAACCCCACCGGCAACAACAACGGCCAACAGCCUUGGCCUAUUACCAACCCGCUCAUGUUGUCGAUGUAUGGACUGGGUCAGCGGUCCACCCGGCCUACCGCCACCCCCUAUGCCAACGCAGCCCUAGACCAAGCUGCCUCAGGUCCCAGCGGCCAACGUCCUCUCCCGGCCAACUGUAAGUAUUAAUUGAUGAACUGACUUGAGCUCGGAGUCCACUAAUCGCUUCGAAUGUGUAACAGGGCCGGCGGUCAUUCCUAACCAGUGGAUGGCCGGGUUCCACACCCCCUCCUCCUACUUCCCCAUGUCGACCGGCAGCCAAGUGCCGUCGGCGACCGUUGCCCCCAUCGACCUCGCGUCGAGCGCCUCUCCCUUUUAUCCCCAGGAGGACCUUGCCCCAGUCGAGAACGGCGACGAAGGCUCCGCUAGCAAGACCAAGUCCAAAGGUAAGGGCAAGGCCAUGGAGGUGGAGGAACCAGCCCCCGCCCCUGCCCCCGCCGCCCCUCUCCAAGCCCCCGCCAGCAAUGAUAGAAUCGAAUGGCGUCCCGGAAUGAAGGAGAUUAAACUGACGGACGACAUGACGGCGGAGGAGCGGGCGGAGGCCGAAGCCUGGAACCGGCGCUACGCCCAAGCCAAGGGUGACCACAACCGGGCCCAGAACCGGGAGUCUGCGCGCCGCAGCCGAGCGCGCAAGACGGAGGAGUUAAAGGAUGCGGGCAAGAAGAUCGAGGCGCUCGAGAAGCACAUCAUCGAGCUGGAGGCGCGCAACCGCCACCUGUCCGCUCAAGUCGCAGAAAUGCGACAGGACGCCGCCGCCAGUAGCUCGGCCGUCUUGGCUUCGGCCACCCUCGCCCACUCCCAGCAGACGCCUUCGUUCUCGGCGCCGAGCCUGCCUGGUGGAGACUUCCAGGCCUCUGCACCGAUGGGUUAGAACCCCAUCGGCCAGAACCUGGGGGCGUUCGCCCAGGCACAACAAC